UGAACCCUCUAAAUUGUAUAAUAUAAAAUUAAAUAUGCCACUAUAUAUAUUAUUGAAUCAUGUACAUUAAUCAAACUAGUUCAUUUUUAGGUUCGUAUGAUUUACAAAUUUAAUAAAUUUUGUAAUGAAAAAGUUGUUUUUCUACUUAUUUAUUAAUUUGACAAGAAAACAAAUCGAAAAAGGAAGAGAUAGUUAAUGGAUAUUGAUAAGGGAGAGAGAAGAGGUGACUAUGAUGAUGAAAACAUAAGCACAUGUGUUAGGUCUGAAGCAAGGAGAGAAAGGCAGCACCUGCUUCUUUGCAUGAGACCUCUCUCUUACUCUUCUCUUCUCUUGCCACGACUCCUCUCCCCAUACUAUAUCACGCUUCUCCUUUCAACUUUUGUCUUCUUAUUACAUCUCAUCACCAUUCAUAAAACAGAUGUAAUAAUCUAAAAAAAGCUAAAACUAACAAUAUUUUUAUAUAUGUUUUUAACUUAUUCUCGUGUCUGUAUCCAUACUCAAACUCCCGUAUAAAUAGACCGCAUGCAAUAUCAUGUUCUCUCAUCUUGCGCUCAUCUCUCAAACUAUAACACAAGAAUAAACAAAACAAGUCUUCGUCUUCUUGUUAUUAGUCAUGGACGUCGUGAGACCAACGGUUGAGAUUCCACCUCGAAAACUUCUAUUGUCCUCCAAGUCUUUUUCAGGGGAGGCUUCCCCUCGUUCUUCGCCGCGUAAACAUAACUGGAACAACAAGAGCAACAAGAUCUCUACAUCUGAACAAGGAGAGGACAGCUUCAACGAAGACAACACCAACAACAACAAAGAUACUAAAGAGUAUUGUUAUGAUUCCGACACCGAUGAUCCUUACGCGAGCGACCAUUUCCGUAUGUUCGAAUUCAAGAUCCGACGUUGCACCCGUAGCCGAAGCCACGACUGGACUGACUGUCCCUUUGCUCAUCCCGGAGAGAAAGCUCGCCGCCGUGAUCCUCGUAGGUUUCAAUACUCGGGUGAGGUUUGUCCCGAGUUUCGUCGUGGUGGUGAUUGUAGCCGUGGAGAUGACUGUGAGUUUGCUCAUGGAGUCUUUGAGUGUUGGCUCCAUCCUAUUCGUUACCGUACUGAGGCUUGUAAAGAUGGUAAACACUGUAAGAGAAAAGUAUGUUUCUUCGCUCAUUCGCCACGUCAGCUUAGGGUUCUUCCGCCGGAAAAUGAUUCCGGCGGCUCAUCAGCCUCUGCGUCUCCUGCCAAGAAUCAGAAUCCUUGCUGUUUGUUUUGUAGCGGUUCUCCGACGAGUACUCUUUUGGGUAACUUGUCUCAUCUUUCUCGAUCUCCCUCCUCAUCUCCACCUCUUUCUCCGGCUCACAAAGCUGCUGCCUUCUCACGGCUGAGGAGCUGCGCCGCUUCUGCUGCAGCCGCUGGAUCGGUUAACUAUAAAGAUGUUUUAAACGACCUUGUUAAUUCGUUGGAUUCUAUUACCCUAGCGGAAGCCUUGCAGGUGAGUUCCCCUUCUCCUUCGCCUGUUUCUGCGGCAGCUGCGGCGUUUGCAAACGCCUCGUCCUGCGGUUUGAGCACUCAGCGUCUCCAUAUCCAACAACAGCAACAAAGCAGUCCGUUACAAUUCGCCCUCUCGCCUUCCACUCCAAGUUACCUAGCCAACUCACCUAGGGCAAGCUUCUUCAGCGAUGAUUACACUCCUCGCCAGCGAGAAGUGAAUGAGUUUACACCUGCGGCGGUUAGGGACAAGACUAGGUUUGAGGAUGGUUCUUGUGGCGACCCUGAUAUUGGAUGGGUGAAUGAUCUCUUGACUUGAUAGAUCCACGAAUGUAUAUUCUGGUGGAGAUUAAUUUACGUUCAUGAAUCAUGGGGAAAAAUGAUCAGUGUCAACGGUUCCCUCAGUAUGCAUGGAGGGAUUGUUGUUGAAAUUUGUUUUCGAGAUUUUAUUGUUCUACGGAUCUCCAGGAGAGCUAAUUAAGAAUCGUCUGUAUUGUCUUUGUUUCUAGAAUUAUAUCUUUUUGGUUGGAUUUUACCCAAUAAUAUGUUUGAACUUGUAUCAUGUGGACUCGGAUUGUAUAAUGUUUCACUAUUUCUAUGAAUAUUUUCGCUUCGGUGUA